UAGUAGCGAUAGUUGCGUGCACGCGGACAACGCGGAGACACAAGUGACAAGUCCUCAGUUAAGUGGUGUGUGCGCGACUGUAUUGGCGGUGGUGGGCGGCAUGUUCAAUGAGAGCGUUCUCUCUCAAUAGCGAUAAUGAAUGGAGAUAUCAGUGCGUGCGAAAAUGGCCAAUUCCUCAUGUUAGAGUGAAGAGUGCGAAACAGGAAGGAUAUUCAUGCAUCCAGAAGGGACGAAAGAGAAAAGUGAAAGAAAAUACGUGUGUGUGUUCAAUCGUAGUUGGUCGCGAUCUCGUUCGGCCAGUCUUUAUUCUCUCGUUCUUCUCUUCCCUCUUUAUCUCCCUCCCUCUAAUCCCGUGAUAAUUAUUCAUCCGAUUUACCAACGGGGGAGUGAGAAAUAUACAAAUUUUAAAUUACUGGAAAAUUAUGGCACGGGAAUACGAUCAUUUGUUCAAGCUGUUGAUCAUCGGGGACAGUGGUGUGGGAAAAAGCUCGUUACUGCUGAGGUUUGCGGACAACACAUUCAACGGUAGUUACAUAACGACGAUAGGUGUUGACUUCAAAAUUAGAACUAUAGAGGUUGAUGGAGACAGAGUGAAGCUGCAGAUAUGGGACACCGCAGGACAGGAGAGGUUCAGGACAAUAACGUCAACGUACUACAGGGGUACACAUGGAGUAAUUGUCGUUUAUGACGUUACCAGAGGCGACUCGUUUGCAAAUGUCAAACGAUGGCUACACGAGAUUGACCACAACUGCGAUAUAGUCAAUAGGGUUCUUGUGGGUAACAAAAACGAUGCUCCUAACCAGAAAGUUGUAUUGACCGAGGAUGCUGAACGUUUUGCCACCCAAAUGGGGAUUCAACUCUUCGAGACCUCCGCUAAAGACAACAUCAAUGUUGAAGAGAUGUUCAUGGCGAUAACGCGGCAAGUGUUACGAACAAAGAAAGAGAGGAAGGAGCGUCAAGCGAUCCAGACGAACGAGACCGUGAAUCUGAGAAAGAGCACAAAGCAGCAUAGGAAAAAGUGUUGUUAACGUUGCACACGUGGUUCGCGUUUACGGUGAAAGGCCGCUCUGCCCCUUCUCCUUCUUCAUCGGAAAAUCGGUUAUUCGGUAUUCGCAGUAGAUUCAAUUCGAACAAACACACAAAGACGAAUAUGGUGAAUAGAGGGGAAAGUAAAACGUGUCUUUCUCUCAGUUGAGCGGGUGAGGAUUCACGGUCGGUUAAACUGCCAUACGGAAUUCCAUCCGUCGCAUCUUUCCUCCCCCCUCUCUGCCCCCUGUUAUAUUCGGGCAUAUAAUUCCAUUUUUUAAUAAAACCCAAACAGACCAAAAUUUGUAACCAAAUGGUGGACAAAAAGAUGUUACGACACGAAUAUAAUUGUAACCAAACCCGCUCACGAAAAAUGUAUAAAUCACGGUCGAUAAAUUGAACGAAUUUAUAACAGCAUGACCAGGAAUAAGGAUCAAAGAGCAAGAUCAAGCCUCUGCUAUUUGUUGAGUGUUAUAAGACUUUGUUUAAAUAAUGAUACGAACAACAACAACAAUAAUAACAAUAAUAAUAAUACUAAGAGAAAUUGAUUAUCGUUCGUUGCACAAAUAAAAAGAAAUUAAAACGAAAAAAAGAGAGAGAACUGGCACUGGUAUACUCGUCCCUCGCGGAUCGUCCAACAGAUUGAACUUUGUUGUUGGAUAUUUAUUUAUUCCAAACGAGAUGAACCGCGCGCGAUCGAGGCUGUUGCGGAUCAAUCUGUGAUAAUAGUUAGGAUAGCACAUCGUCCGGCAUCCGCGAUCACUCGGACCCAACCCACCACGAGAGUACCAAACAAUGUGAGAAAAUAAUCAUUUUAUCCUGCUCUUCAAUUAUCACCGAUCGCUGGCUACUCUGUGGCUACUGCGUUUGUGCAUUCGGCCGCUCACAUAUCUUCGAGGAGUGUGCACAUUUGUAUAUAAAAGAAUAACAAAUCAUACGAUCGUCAUAUGAGCGAGGGAAUCGCUUCCCAGCAAUAAUAACGUCCGGAUAUUGCGCGAGUGAUUUCUAACUCAGACGUUUCUUUUGUACUUUUUAUCAUCAUUUGCAUUAUUUUAAAACAAAUACCAAACUCUAAUUUCUUUUUCAUUACAAAUCCUCGCAAUCCCGAAUUUUGCAAAAUAUUUUUUGGCGAUAUUUUUAUGAAAAUUCACGAGAUAUUGGCAUCGGCAUCUCGACAGAACACGAACCAACGUUGAAAAAUAUAAAUAAAUUAAAUUACAGAAGUAACAGUUGAACCUAAUCGAGGAAACGCCGAUGGUUCACGAAAAUGGGGAUGAUUCGCCGCUCCCGCUUCUUAUAUAAAAUAGCGCGCGCCCCCCCCCCCCCCCCCUUCAUUCUCGUUAUAGAAAAAGAAAAUGAUAACCUUUUCGAUGACGCAAAUUCAUUGUAAACGACAAGUAUUAUCGUAUUGAUACUAGUAUAAUAUUUAAAAAUACUUUAAAUGAUAUUGCCAACGAUAAAUAAAAAGGAUUUUACGUGUUUA